UUGUACUCUAAUCUAACAGCAUGCCAAGCUCUUGGAAAUAUGUGUGUGAUGAACAUGAACUCACUGAGUUAUUCAAGUACUGAUGCCUGUGGUUUAUUUCAGUAUAUUUAUAUCAAUACAGCAAGGCUGGGUGUUGCUCAUUCAAUAGCCUUCUGGAGGCAUAAUCUUCCAUGGCUAUAUUACGGUGAUCGGCCGGGAUUAGCAUCCCAAGUCCUUGAGGCAAAUAACAGUUUUAAAGGAACAGAUAAGGAUGUAAAGCUGCAAUUUAUUGCAGCCUCCUUUGAUGCUGCAGGAAACUUUCAUAAAUGGCAAAGUUUGGAAGGAGGCAUCUUACAGCUUUGUCCUGAUACCCAAACUAAAUUGAAUGCAGCUUAUGCAUUUGGAACAACUUACCAACAAAGUUGCAAAAUUUCACUUUCCAAGAUUUUAUUGGAUUUUGCUAAUCCAGUUUUUUAUGACCUAUUCCUUGAAUAUAAUGAUGAGAAUGGACAACAAUAUCUUUGGGACGUGCCAGUUUUAAAUUUGAAUCUUCAGUACAGUGAAAUGUUUGUUAAUCAAGGCAGUAAUAUGAACAACUGGCUUCUGACUCGUCGAUUUUUUUUGGUGGAUGCGCUAAGUGGAAAAGAAAAUGAUUUGGGAAAACUACCAAGAGUACUUCGGAUUGCUAGCAAAAUAACAAUAAGUAUUCGUCUGGCAUCCCGUAAUCAGAGAGGAACUAUCUACCCUCCUCUAAUUACUAUUGCUUACACAGAUGUGCUUGUCGAAAACCCUGAAACCCAGAGUGUGAUGGUUUCCUUCUCAGUCAGUUAUGAGAUGAAUCAGUCAGAGGCUCAGGUUCAGACUGAUAUCACGUUGGGUGUGUUGAGUGGGCUCGCAGUGUUAUGGUCCCUUCUCAAGACUGCGGGCUGGAAGAGGCGUACAGGAAGCUCUAUAAUAGACUUGCAGACAGUUUUGAAGUUCUUACUGUUUUAUGCUGGAGACCUUGCCAACGUUUUCUUUAUCAUCACAGUGGGCACAGGGAUUUAUUGGCUUGUGUUUUUCAAAGGUCAGCAGUUUGUCUCUGUCCUUUUACCACUUCCAUCUCAAGAAGAAGAUUUUGUUACCUACAUAGCAUGUGCAUUUAGUUUAAAGGCUCUGCAAUUCUUACAACUGCUGGUUUCACAGCUUACUAUAGAUAUUUUCUUUAUUGACUGGGAAAGACCUAAGAGCAGAGUUGUUAAAGGAGUUGAAGGUGAAGGUGUUAUUAAAAGUGCUGCUGCACCUGUGAGCAUAUGGAGGACCUAUUUUGUAGCAAAUGAAUGGAAUGAAAUUCAGACAGUGAGGAAGAUAAAUCCUGUCUUUCAAGUGUUUGCAGUUCUUUUCUUUCUGGAGGUGGUGGGAUUUUCAAACCUGGCUUUAAUGGAUUCUUCUUCCAGUCUUGCAAGAAGCAGUGAGAGUUACAUAGCUCCUUGGAGCCGCGUUUUAAGAUUUGGUGUGUCUGCUGCAGUCUGGUUAGCCAUUGCUGGCCUACAGAUUAUAUUUUUUUCUGUGUGUUAUGAGAGAUUUGUUGAAGAUAAGAUAAGCCAAUUUGUUGAUUUGUGUUGCGUGAGCAAUAUUUCAGUGUUUCUCUUGUCACACAGCUGCUUUGGUUAUUAUAUCCAUGGUCGCUCUGUGCAUGGACAUGCAGAUACCAAUAUGGAAGAAAUGAAUAGGAACCUAAAGAGAGAAGCAGAAAAUCUGUGUAGUCAGAGAGGUUUGUUACCAAACACAGAUGGCCAGACAUUUCAGAUGUCCAUUUCAAGAAAAAUGCGACUGCACUAUGACAGGAUUCAUGAAACCCUAACAAGAAGACGUGGUCCUGCUAGACUUUUGGACUCAUCUGCAAAUACUUUCGAACAAAGCACAAGGGCAUACAACACCAUGAACAAAUUUCUCAGUUCUUUUAUUAAUCACGCUCAUAAAGAAAUGGAUUACAUUGUUAAAGAUAAAUUGCUGUUUGAGCGGAUUCUUGGCAUGGAGUUCAUGGAACCAAUAGAGAAGAGUCUUUUUUACAGUGAUGAAGGACAGUCUUUCAGUGAUGUUCUCUAUUACGGCAAUGAGACAACGCUGCUCAUCUUUGACAUCCUGUUUUUCUCCGUUGUGGAUCUGGCUUCCCAAAGUUUUGUUUUAGCAGCUAUUCUAACAUAUUUGCAACAAGAGAUAUUUAGGUUUAUUCGUAGUACACUUGGGCAGAAGAAUUUGGCAUCCAAAACCCUCGUGGAUGAAAGAUUUCUCAUUUAA